AUGGAUAUUUCAGAAGCUGAGCGCGAGAAGGAGUACCAAUAUCGCGAAAAGUUUGAAAUCGAGUACUUUGCAGCGGUCAGCAACGCAAAUGAGUUGGUGAGCAGGUUUACUUCUGUGCAGCUGGGCAAUGAUAACGAUUCGGCCGCCUCGGUAGCAGUGCCCGCGCAGUCUGGUGGUACCAGUGGCAAACCCUGCCCCACUGUAAGUGAUAAGCGCGUAACGUUAGCUGCAACAGCGCAGGACACUGAACUAGAUAAACAUGCUUUGCAUGAUGAGGAUACACAAGACAUACAUAUUCUAAAUAGCAUACAAUGCGAUAGUAAUGAUGAAAAAUUGCUUAAAUUAGUUAAUGAUGAUCACGCCAAAACUUUGGGUCUAAGAUGGUCUUGUAAAUUGGACACUUUACAUUUUUCGGUCAAUUCUGACUCAUCACAUCUUAAGCCGAGCAAGCGGUCAGUUUUAUCUACAGUUGGACAAGUAUUCGAUCCGUUGGGUCUUGUUAAUCCGUGCAUACUGCAAGAUGACCUAAAAAGGGAAGAUCGUAUCUGCACGCUCUCUCGCUACCAGAGAACACGAGCCCUCACAAAACACUUCUGGACCAGAUAUUACAAAGAAUAUAUUUCAGAAUUACAGAGACGAAAUAAAUGGCAGCGCAAAGACAGAGGAGAGCUUCGCAUUGGAGAUCUGGUGGUAGUAAAGGACGACCAUUUGCCACCCAACCGCUGGCUGCUCGGACGAGUUGUUCAUCUGCAUCCAGGGAGCGACGGAAUCGCCCGUGUAGCUGACGUUGCAACUUCAUCGGGGACCAUACGAAGAGCAUAUAAUAGGCUUUGUCUCUUGCCGUCAUCUGUU